CACUUUUUCAUAGGAUAAUGUUGAUAGAGCCAUAGAAGUUCUUUGAUAGAGCUCAGCAUUUUUUUUUUUUAUGGUAGGUUGGGCUUUAGGAAAGAAUGCGAACUAAUGUUACAAGCAAGUUUUAUCUUAAAGUACUAGUUUCCUUUAUCUACAAAAUAAAAAAAACCGGAAGUCCACUCUCCGUUUGUAAGCACCUCUAUGGUAAAUACAUGCGGCUAGUAGUCGUGUCUGCUACUCAAUUAUGCCAAAACUGUUUGAUAUAAAGUUCCCAGGAGAAUGUAAGACUCUUCCCGAAGGCUUUUGGUCAGCUGUAGACGUGUGGGUAAAGAAACCUCACGUUGUAAACAAGCGUCUUUGCGGAGUUAAGGAGACGGAGAGUAAAGCUGUGGGCAGAGAGGCUCUGCUGUUCCUGCUGGAGGAUCCUCAGCCAGUGUUGUCCUUCAUCAGCAGCAGGCUUUCACCGGCACAGACGCACGACAAGGAAAAGCCCUGGUCUUCUAGUGUCCGAACAUUUAUUCCUAAAGUAAACCGGUAUGGGACACACCUUCAUAAAGAGGUUAUACUCAAAGACUUUGACAGACAACAAGUGACCUUUCUUCCGUUUGAAGAGGAUUCAGAAGGAAAGGUGUCUCUGAAGAGGGGCAACAUUUAUCAGUUCCAGCUCCUCCAUCAGGAGGACUGUGAGGAAUGGGCCUUGGAGCUGCAUGUUCUGGCUUCAGAUGAGUGGUUUUCUGAUGGUGUGGCGUACCCAAAUCUGCCCUGGCUGUCCACUGAUCUGCUGCCUAAACUGGUGCGCUGGGCCACCGAGUGCAAGAGCAGCGAGUUCAAGAGCACUUUGUCUCUGCUGCCGGUGGAGAAGUACAGCGUCAUGUACCAGCAGCUGAAAGAGAAGUACAAGGCCAUGGUCAAGGUUUGGCCUGAGGUUACAGAUCCUGAGAAAUUUGUCUAUGAGGACGUUGCCAUUGCUACAUAUCUCCUUGUGCUGUGGGCUGAGGAGCGAGCAGAGAAAAGUCUGAGUGCCAGACAGUCCUUUGUGGACCUGGGCUGUGGAAACGGCCUCCUGGUUCACAUACUGGCCAAUGAAGGGCAUCCUGGAAAGGGCAUCGAUGUUCGGAAGAGGAAGAUCUGGGACAUGUACGGCACCCAGACUGUGCUAGAGGAAAAAGCAAUUACUCCCAGCGAGAGCUUCUUAUUCCCGGUUACGGACUGGCUGAUUGGGAACCACUCGGACGAGCUCACACCUUGGAUCCCCGUUAUAGCUGCCAGGUCAUCUUACUCCUGCCGGUACUUCGUCCUCCCUUGCUGUUUUUUCGACUUCUAUGCAAAAUACCAGAGACGUCAGUGCAAGAAGUCUCAGUACAAGGAAUACAUCGACUUCAUCGCGGAGGUCAGCCAAGUCAGUGGCUUCAGCACUGAGGAGGACUGCCUCAGAAUACCCUCCACCAAACGGGUGUGUCUGGUGGGACAGUCAAGAAACUACCAGCUAUCUGACGAGGCCGAGGCCGAGCGGCGAAGAGCUCAUUACAUCCAGAGCCGCCAGCCCUCCUCUGGGGCCACAGUUCAAAGGUCAGACAUCGGAAAUGGCGUGGACUGUUGCCAUGGGAAGAGAGACACUGACAGGUCCCCCGACAGCAGCUGGGGAGAGGGGUUCCAGCCCAGAGACAGGGUUGAAACGGUUCGAAACUGUGCCGCACUCCCGCGGGACUUUGUCGACGGUGUUGUCCUGCAGGUUGCUAAUGUUCUUCUGGGAAUGACUGAAGAUGACGGCCGUGGGUCCUCCAGUGACUGGAAUCGAGGAGGCAGCCUCUCGGUGAGUGAGGUCGCUGGGCUGUUGGAGCAGGAAACCUUGCUGCUGCUGAAGAAUGAGUGUGGAGGCCUUCAGACGCUGCUCAAGAACAACCACCAAGUCUUUAGAGUAGAAGGAGGGAGGGUGUACAUAAGAGACUGGCGGGACAGGAAGUCCUCCAGGGUGGAUACAAAGAGGAAGCCUGUUGCCCUUGGUGCCCUGAAAACUCGCCCCUGCUGGUUCUAUGACCACCACCCUCAGCGCUGCCCCCUGCAGGCCCAACACUGUGCCUUCGCUCACGGGCCUGAUGAGCUCCGACCCUCGACCAGACCUCUGAAGAAGAUGAAAAACGAUGCCUUGUGAUUGGCUCAUUCCUCCUGAACACUUUAUUUGAAGUCAUCUAUUUAGUUAAUUUUUUUACUUUACAUAUAUUACAGUAUUCACUCAUAUGAACCUCUUAAAGCCUCCCCAUCCAGCUCUGCAACCACAAAGAGAAAGAAGUUCAGGUCCAAGCAGUGUGAGUUUUAUUGAUGCCGCGUUACAUCAUUUCUGGGAAUUGAGGUCUUGAAAUUUCAGUGUCCUCUUUUUUUUCUGUGUGAGGCUGCCAAAAUGUGAUGCAGCUUUAAGUUUCACUGUUGGAGCUUCGCUGACAAAUCUGGGUUACGUUGUCUGCUGAAAUUUAAUUUCAUAGGAUUCUUUUGUCUUUCUUUUUCAUUUAUUUAAGAAGUGGACUUUUGUAAAGCUCAGAAAAAUGUACACUUGCUCUGUAUUAAAGUGCAUUGCAAGCUA